UAGUGAGUAGAGAGUAUGUGUUGACGCGGAAAGUUGAGGGAGUCUGUGGAGCCUAAGAAGAUAUUUUUAUAUACACAUAUAAUGGCUCGCUGUUUAUCCCUGUUUGCCUCUUUUGAGUUCAUUGUUAAGUUUAUUACGAUUUCGUUCUAACAAAGUUAGUUCAUCAUUAUGGCGUGCUGAACUCUGGAGUGAUGGAAGCCCUUUGAGGGCUGGCCCCCCAGUGGGGGAUGGGGUGUGGUGGAAAGACUGGUUCUUGGUGACUGUGCCUGUGCUGUGUACUAGGGAUUUAUUGUACAACUGUCUAGAAAGAAAUAGAUAACCAUUUGGAACUGAUGCCAUAUUUAUCAGCCAGUCAGUCUUUAUUGAGGGUUUUUAUGAAAAUUUGUUAGAAUUCUUAGAAAAAGACAGUGAUUUGUAUAUGAUUUUAGCAAGAGCAGAAGUAAAAUUUAGCAUACAAGCUUAAAUUCUUUGAGAUGUAGAUGUCUAUUAAGGAAUUGUAGUGUAUAGUUCUUUGACAAAGGCAGCUGUAUAAAAAAAAAAAGAAGAGAGGGAGUGAAGCGUCAUAGUUAUAAACAUGCCUAUCACAUUUGAUCAAGAAUGUGGACCAAAGUGUCAAUCGAAGCAUCAUAACCAAGAAGUGAAUGCUGUCAUCACACGAGGAACACUCCUGGACUUCCAGGCAUACUCUCAGCUCUGUCACACUUGGGUUCAGCAUACAGACACAGCUGGCCGUUCAGCUUUGCACUUGGCUGCAUCUUGUGGAAAGCAGGACAUUGCAGAAUGGCUAAUAACAGAGAAAAAGCUGAAUGUUGCUAUCAAGGACAAAGAGUCAGGUUGGACAGCAUUGCACAGAGCUCUGUUUUAUGGUCAGCUGUCUGUGGCAAGACUGUUGAUACAGUAUAACUGUGAGCUCUAUGUGCGAGAUCAUGAGGGACUUGGGCCACUUGACCUUAUAAUGAAAGACCAUCCAAAACAUCUGGCAUUUAACUGGAAAGAUCCAAAUGAAGUUUACUCAUGGGGUGAUAACACAAAUUUGACCCUUGGACAUGCAAGUGAGCAGCGACGAAGCUUUCCUGAAGUUGUGGACACAUUUAGACGCGGGAAUAUCUCAGUGAAGCAGAUUUUGAUGAGCAAGUACCAUUCUGUAUUCUUGACCCAAGAGGGACAAAUCUACACUUGUGGCCAUGGGCAGGGUGGCAGGCUAGGACAUGGGGAUGAAAGAACAUGUGUGACACCAAGAAUGGUUUUGGGUUUGCAAAAUGAUGUAUGCAUUGCCAUUGCUGCAGCGCGAGAUCACACAGUCUUUCUUACUGACAAGAACACUUUGUACAGCUGUGGGCUGAAUGACUGUCACCAGCUUGGUAUCACAGGAUCAGGAGAGAGAGUACCCAUGGAUAAAAGUCUCAUCCCUCUGAAGAUGAAUGUCAAGCUGCUGAAGGGAAAAACAAUUCGUGGGAUUGGGGCUGGCCGCUUCCACACUGUGGUUUACACUACUGAUGGUGUUUUCACCUGUGGUCUCAAUGCCGGUCAGAUUGGUCAACAGAAGGGAGAGCGUUACCAGACUCACCUGCGACAGGUGUCACAGCUAUUCCAUAAAGAAGCUUCCAUUGUUCUUGUGGCAUGCUCUGAUGCAGCCAUCGCCUGUCUGACCAGUCGUGGAGAUAUAUUCUUGCUGCAUGACUAUACCUGUCGCAAGAUUGCAUCCAGAUGGCAAGAAAUUGAAAAGUUGUGUGUGGCUGGUGGAAAUCUUGACCACAACACAGACAUAGAUGUUCUUAGGGAGAAGGGUGGUUCGGAAAUCAAAGUGGUCCUCCUCAGCACCUUUGGCAAAGUGUUUCAGUGGCGUGGAGGCAGCCCCAGCAUGAAACGAUGUUACUGGGCAUUACAUCGUCAGAUAAAUGUCAGUGAUGUUGCAUUAAAUGCAUCUGGCAUGGUGUUAGUGACUGACCAAGGAGAAGCAUUUGCAGCUUAUUUCACAAGCCGAAGAUCAGGAAACAUGCAGAAAGAUUCAAGCAAAGACAGUAAGAAGGAAAGUGAAGAAGACUUUGGCAAGAUGUCACUACUUGAUCUGCUGCUGAAAGAUGAAGCAGAAGAGAUGAGUUUGCGAAGACUUCCUGGAGUUCAUCGUGGUACAUACAUCACAUGUGACCGCAAGGGCCAUAACUGUGCUGUCCUGCAGGCACUGCCUAAAUGCUGUUUGACCGACAUCCCAUGUGUAUCAGAAUCGACCAUGUAUGCUGACCUGCUUCAGAUGAUGGAGGAAGCAGACAUCUAUGAUUCCAUUCAUGAUACUAUCUUACAUGUAGGUGAACAGAGCUGGCCAGUGCACCUUUUUGUCCUAGCUUCAAGAGCAGACUUUUUUCGCAAGAAAGUUUUCUCGUCAGACCCUGCAGGUAUGGGCAACACCACCAGGGAAAUAACAGUCCAUGAUAUCCACCCAGAAGUUAUGGAGCAGGUGCUGAAGUUUAUCUACACAGACACAUGUGAUGUUAUGAAGAUUGGGUCCAACUUCAGCUUUUCUUACAACAAGAAAAAGAAUGUCAAUGUUGACGGCUUGCAUCAGGAGGUGAUUGCUAAUAGUGGAAAAGUCCUGUCAGCCUUUGAAGUGGACAGACAAAGGAAAAAGGAAAACACCCAGAAGGAGGAAGGACUGGAGAAAACAUACAGAGGCAAUGACCCUGUCAAGAUCCUACAAGAAGCAGCAAGAAAACUCGGAGUCAAGGGCUUGUCCAAGAGAUUGGAAGGAGUGAGUUGCGUCAACAACGUAAUACAGUCUACUGGGAAGAAAAUAGCGGCGCCGCGGCUUAAGUUUGACAGGACCAAAAUACCGGAGCUGUAUGAUGUGUGUAUUCGUGCAGAAGACGGCACCACAGUGCAGUGCCACAAAUGCAUCCUGGCUGCUCGUUUAGAGUAUUUCCACAGCAUGUUGGGUAGUGGCUGGAUUGAGACCUCAGACACAAGUUCAGUGAAGCUGCCAAUCUCAGGGGAAGUGCUGGAAAUUCUGCUGGAAUAUGUAUAUACAGACGAGCUUCCCAUUUUGACAGAGAGGCCGGACAUAGAGCUGCUGUGCAGUGUGUUGGUGGUCGCAGACCAGCUGCUGGUUGUCCGACUGAAGGAGAUGUGCGAGGAAGCUCUGACUGCCUUGUUGACCCUGCGUAAUGUUGGAGAAGUUUUGGAGUUUGCCACGACAUACAAUGCAGAGCAGCUGCAGCAAGUCUGCCAGCAGUUCAUCCGUCUUAACUUGCCAGCAUUGCUUGAGAACAGGUCUCUGGAUAUGAUUGGAGAUGAGACAAUGCAAGACCUGAGCAACUACUAUAGGAGUGCAAUUCCUGCCAUGUCUCGGCGCAUGAUCACUCCAUGGAGUGAAGGGCCUGAAAAGGAGUAUCUCUCAGCUUUGUGUGCUGAAUUCAGUUCGGAACAUGCUUUGACAAGCCGUGAGCCCAGCAAUAAAAAGAACAAGCCUCGCAGACGCCAGAACAGAACCAGAAGCAUCAGCGAGGAGACCCAGGCUCCUCCCAGUGGGGUAGGGAAACUACCACAGCUGCCUUCACCAGUUGAGGUUAUUGAACGACAGAUAUCCGUAAGCUCUGAAGUGAGCGUCCAUUCCGAGGAGGAAACAAACUUUAUGGAAGUGGCAGUAGAACAUCAGCCAGCAUCAGAGGACAAACGGCAGGUCACGUAUGGAAUACCCAUUCAAAAUCCUAGCAAGACUAGUCAUGGCUGGGGUACCUCCAUCCUCUCCCCAUCCCCUGGCUCUCAAGAACAAGUCAAAACCGACAAGACAGGAGACAGUGGGACCCUAGGCCUGCGAAAGAUCAUGGAACAAGAAGAGGGUGGCUUGAGAAACAAGCAGGUGGCAAAGACUGGUGGGAGCACACGGUUUUCAUGGAAAGAUGUGAAAAAGCAGAAAAAGAAUAAAGCAGCUCAUGCCCAGAAGUCAUUAUCUUUGACAUCUGCACCUCUCAGUCCAAGUGCCAGUCAGGAUACAAAGCAGCUGUUAGUGUCUGCUGCAGCCUCCCCUGUAGCCUGUCCAUGGGGCUCUGUCAACAAAGUAGUCCAGUCAUUCAGAGAAUUGAUGCUUCAAGACAAAGUUAAGCAAUCUGACACAGCAGGCAGAUCAGUUGCUCAGUCACCACCAUCUUCCACCAGCAACAGGCCAUCUGCCAGCACAACUAGUGCUAAGCCACUGCUGCCUUCCAGCAGAUCACCUGCCCAGGACUUAAAUAUCAGCUGGGGGUUACCCCAUCGUCCUGCAUCAUUGACUGUACCCUCCCCCAGUUCUCCGGGGCUGCCAGCCCAGCCAUCCAACCCAUGGCAUCGUUCCGUUUAUCCAUCAUCUCCUCCAGAGAAUGCUGCCACUAGCCUACGAUUUUCUGACAUUGUGCGGGAUGAGCUGCAGCAGAAAGACACACUGGAGAAGACUGUACAAAAACCUCUUCAUCUCAUUCAGAUGGAAGAGGAGGCCAUGAGCGGGUUGCUGCUGCUGUACCGGGCUGAUCUGCAGCAUGAUGAGCACAUCACAGUAGAACGUGCGUCGUCCACAAUGGCUGCUCCCCUCUGGCGCUGCCAGCGCUCCUCAGCAGCUGGACACAACUGAUAGGAACUGAGGCUUGGGCCCACCACCACCUUAUAGUGUUACAAACUUGUGACACUCCUAUCUGGUAUUUAAAAAAUUAGUUUUAUCACCUUUUUUGAGGCUUGAAUAGGCAUUUUGACAUAAAUUUUUUCACUUUUUUCCCCCAAAAUCUUCAUUAUGAUGCAUCCUGAUCUUCCUUAUCCAAUCAGUGACCCCACAGCAGGUCCAUUUUCUUGGACCCAAACUUUGGUAGUAUGGAUGACUCACAUUAAUAUCGAAGUGAGUAUUGCGAUGCACUAACUUGAACACCAGCUUGAUUUUGUGCCUGGAUUGAUUAAUAAUUUAUAAUUUGUUUUGAAAGAACUGUGACGUUUAGCAGUUCAUUGCUGUUUCUUAUUAGUUAAAAAAUACUUUAAAAUGUCAAAACAAAAUCUUAUUCAGUGCAUCCACUAACUUGCAUUACAAAGCAAAGAAAUGAUUUAUUUUAUUGGCAUCAAUUUUGUAACCUCAUUCAUACUUCCUUAUCAUCUAAAAGGGCAUUAUAGGAGUGUGUGAACCUGUUUACUGUUUAGUUUUCUGUUUGAUCACUGAUGCUCACUUAUUUUGGCAAGUUACAACAUAUGCAACCAGCUUGCAAAAUGUGAUGUUCCUCCCAUAUCUCAUCGUUAUCCUCAUCAUCUUUGUCAGUUUUGUGUCAUGAAGAAUGAAUGUUAAAUCCAUGAGUGCCCUUAUAUAACCAAAAGCUUUAAGAACAUUUACCUGUGUGGUCGAAAAAGAUCAUGCAUUGUGCACUAGAAGCAGAAAGAAUUUUAUGAAAUGUAUCAAAACAUUUUUUUUUUAUUUAUAACUUGGCAAAUUGAACAGUGGGUAAGCUCUUGCCACUAGUCCUGGGUUCACAUCUCACCUUGGGCAUGCUGCUUUUUCUGCGCAUGUGGCACCUUUUUACAAGUCAGCUGCUUUGUCAUGAUAUAGCCCUAACUGGUAGCUGGGCAUAAACCACCAGUAACUGUUCUCCACAAGCUGCUGCAAAGCCUCAUUGCAUUUGUCCUAUAUAGCAUGUCUGUAAAGUUUUGUUGACUCUGCAGGCUCCUUGUUGGGCAAGAAUAUAUUUGCUUGGAUGAUGACUGUGAGCAAGAUCAUAACUUGCAUGUUUUGCCCCACUGAUCGAGGCAGAAGAAUGAAUUUUCACUACUCUUUUAGAGGGAGGGAAUUGGAAAAGCUCCUGUGUUUGUGUUGACAGCUGAAUGUCAGUGGGGGGACUGAGGAAAUGAGAGGUUGUUAGGUAUGUACAUACAUUUAAUUUAUUUACACAGUUAGAUCCCAGACCUGAGAAUGAGAUUGCUGGAGCAGAAAGCUGACUACUGCUUAAGAAAUAAGAAAUAAUUUGAUUCUGUCUUGAUAAUACAUGUUAGUGAUGUUGUACCUAAUCAGGACAUUGAAGAAAUCUCUAGAGAGUGUUGAUGGAGCUGUUGACCACUUGUACUUCCUAGUUAAGACUUAUGGCUUGUGGGGUUCCAUGUGUCAAGACUUGGGAAGAUUGGCAAAUUCGGAUCUGAGUUUUGUUGAGUCUGAGAGACUCAGCAGUAGUCUCUGUUGUGACAAUUGUGUGUUUGCUAAUUUAUGUCAGAACUAAAGUAGUUUGACAUGCAAUACUGAAUGCUUUUCUUGAAUUGUUUUGUGUUUGCCAAUGGAACCGAGCUUAAACAUAAGCUGCUGUUCUAGUGAAAUUGUUGUAACCACCUAUUUUGUGUGAAGAAAGAUCAUACCUUAUCCAAGGGCAAUUUUGUGGAUGUUUUUUCCCAGAUGUUUGAAGCAGUCAUGUGUCUGUACUGUUAAGGAUGUGUCGUGUUGUGAGUUGCAUGCAAAUGCAGGUGGUUUUAUUGACAUAUAAGAUGUAAUGCUUUGUUCUCAAUUUGAUGAAUCAUUUCUUUCAACACUUGGAGUUGACACUUUUUAAUGAGCAGUCUAUUUAAAACCCCAAGUCUUUUGUAAUAAGUCCUACACACACUUACCCUGCGUGUGUAUGCAAAAUUACAAAUAUACAGCACCUUGAUGAGCCCCCGCAGAUGAAAGUGAAGGGAAGUGGAGAUUGUUACAGAAAGUGAAGGCAGAUGAUGUUGGACAGCGGUCAGAAAGGAAGUCUGGAAAAAGUACACUGUUUAAGGAGCUGGUCAAAGAUGUCAACAAUGCAGCUUGUCCAUUGGAUGUUGUUCUUUGUUAUUCACAGUUUUCUACUGGCCUUCUUUUUUUUCACACAAACAUGUUAAACUCCCUCUCCAUGACCUCUAUUUUUCUUGAAAAUGACAUCGUCCAAAUAACACACACAAAGCUGUUAGAUGGAGGACACCACUCAUACACAAAACAGUACCAGACCUACUGCAACUCAUUAGUUUGCUCAUGUUUUCUUAGCUUGAAAAUGCUAAUCCGCUUGACAUUGCUAUUUCCUUUGUUACAUAGCUGGUUGAUUUUGCGGGGUAUUUUUGGGGAGUUUCAUUUUGAUCAUGAUUCCAUUCCUACUUCAUAAAGGGCCAGAUUCCUGAAGGCUUGUUAUUUUUUUUUUAACUUGGUCAUUUUAGUAAUCUUAGUAAUGUAAAUAUUUCAGAAUUUUUUAGCAGUGAUUACCUGCUUCAGUGAAGUAGAGUUUGUCCUGACCUUUUGUAAGUCUGAUGCAUUGAGAAGUAUAUACAUGCUUGUGCUAUGAUGAGUUUAAUAAUUGACCUUGUGGAGUAUUUUGAAGGUAUUUACAUGUGACUAAGUUUUAAUUGUCAAUAAAAUAUAUACUGAUGUCCAUGAAUCAAAUCUGUAUGUACUUACAGCUUUGUUGUCUCAUGCAUGGUUGGAGCAAGAGUAAUUAGAUUUGACAUAUGUUAAACUGAGUAAAUGAAUGCGUUGCCACAGUGUACAUUUUGUAAGAUAAAAUAUAUUACAGUUUCCACUGCAUAAAUGAAGUAUGCGCUGGAUUACUAGAAUAAAUGACGACAUGGCAUCCAAUUGUUUUAUGAAGGAGGUAUACUUCCAUAUUGUUGUAAAGAGACAUAGACCCAUCACUCACUUCAUUGCAGUUCAGAUAUGCCGCUUGGUAAUUUUUCUGAGAAUUCGAGCAGUUUCACCUGUGUACACAGUAUGGUUUGUGUACUUUGAAGUUUUGUUUUGUUCAUUAACCUACAGAUUGAUUCAGAAAGAUGUUUUUUCUUCAAAAGAUGCAAACUGAAAUAAAAUUACAUAUCUUGAGAAAAAAAAUUGA